AUGAAGGGCGAAACUCCAGUAAACAGCACUAUGAGUAUUGGGCAGGCCCGGAAGAUGGUGGAGCAACUGAAGAUUGAGGCCAGCAUGUGCAGGAUAAAGGUAGGAAAUAGGAAGAAGGGGGCCAAAAGGGCAGUAGAUUACUGCUCCCCCCACUGGGGUCAGGUGUGACGCACGCGCUGCAGAUGCUGUUGGACUCCAGCUCCCAUCAUCCCUGGCCAUGCUGGCUGGCGCUGAUGGGAUUUGUAGUGCCAGCCACUCAAGGGCCACAGGUUCCUCACCCCAUCUCAUUUCUAGCAGUAGAGAAUCUGCUUUGCAUGAAGAAGAUCCUUGACGUCUCCAGGGAGGGCUGCGAAUGUUCCCAGUCUGAAACCCUGGAGAGAUGCUGCUAGUAUUGGGCUAGAUGGGGGAAAUGACCUGGCAUUCCAAAUUUGGAAAAUCAGUUUUAAAAAUUCGCAAAAAAGAGAUGACCUGGUGUUUGUUUAUGUAGCACUAUCAGUACAUGUGGAACCUUGCAGAGGAGGCGGGAACAGGUCCCUGCCCCAAGGAAUUUACAAUCUAAGGGUGGCAAGGGCCACAGUAGACCAAGCCUGCUGGAUCAGGCCAAAUGCUUAUCUGGUCCCGCAUCCUGUUCUCACAGUGGCCGACCAGAUGCCCCAAAGCCCACAAGCAGGACUUAAGUUCAACAGGGAUUUUCCCCACUUGCGAUUUCCAGCAACUGGUCUUCAGAGACCUCCUGCAUCAGCCCCAAACCUAUCUAGUCCAACAUCCUGUCAUGUAUGGCAGGCGCCUUCUGCAGGCAGAGCAGCUGCUCAACCACUUCGCUUUGGAGCAUCCAUACAAGUCCGUGUGUGUGUGCUCAAGGAACAUUGAAUAAAAUUACCCCUUUGUUAUGUACUGAAGUUUUCACCCUGGGCCAGCAGGGGGAUACUGUAGAUAGUUAGGCAAAUGAAGGAUCGAAAGUGACGUUCAGUGAUUGGAUAGUUUUAGAAAGUUGUUACAGUAACAUGGUACUGGAGCUCUAUAUAAGCAGGCAGACUGAGCCCUUCAGCUCAGUUCUGUCCUGGCCUGUGAAUAAGCAAGAGCUGUUUGAAGAAUCGCUGUGUCAUCUGAUAUGUUCACCCACAACUUAACACCCUUGUAAUUUUUGAAGAACAUGAAGUCACUGCCCAUUUGAGGAGGGUGAACAGCAGCUUGGGCAGAUCUCCCCCCCCCCCCCGAGUUCUGAAUUGCUAGGAAUGCAGCAAAGCUGCUUUCUGGUCACAACUGCAAGCAACACAUGGCUUGCCCAGAUGCACCCUCAUGUGGCGAGAACGAGCUUUUACUGAACUGUACAGUCAGAAAAGUCUCCUCAGUGGGAAAGUGGUAGAUAAACACAAUCGGUAACCAAACAAGCAAAUAAAUUUUUGAAAACAUCAGCAGUAAAACACAUGCCUGGCAUGCAGAAUGUACCAGAUUUCGCAGCAGGGCAUCUCCAGUUAAAAGGAUGAAAGAGCCAUCUCUGCACGAGAUCCUAUGAAAGCCACUGCUGGGCUAGAUCAGGGCGGUGGACCUGUGGCUCUCCAAAUGUUGCUGAACUCCCAACUCCAAACAUCAUCCCUGGCAACUGACCGUGCUCGCUGGGGCUGAUGGGAGUUGUAGUCUAGCAAUAUAUGGAGGGCACCUUUGUAGCCUUCUCUCCAUUCAUUUGUCCAAUCCUCUUUUAAAGCCAUCUAAGUUGGUGGCCCACACUGCCGCCUAUGGGAGUGGGUUCCAUAGUUGUUGAAGAAGUAACUUCUUUUAACUGUCCUGGGUCUUCCAACAUUCAUCUUCAUUGGAUGUCCCAAACUUCUACUGUUAGGUAAAGGUAAAGGGACCCCUGACCAUUAGGUCCAGUCGUGGCCAACUCUGGGGUUGCGGCGCUCAUCUCGCUCUAUAGGCUGAGGGAGCCGGUGUUUGUCCGCAGACAGCUUCCGGGUCAUGUGGCCAGCAUGACUAAGCUGCUUCUGGCGAGCCAGAGCAGCGCACGUUAACACCAUUUACCUUCCCUCCGGAGUGGUACCUAUUUAUCUACUUGCACUUUGACGUGCUUUCGAACUGCUAGGUUGGCAGGAGCAGGGACCAAGCAACGGGAGCUCACCCUGUCACGGGGAUUCAAACCGCCGACCUUCUGACCGACAAGCCCUAGGCUCUGUGGUUUAACCCACAGCACCACCCGCGUCCCUUUAGUGUUACGAGGGAGGAAAGCUUCUCUCUAUCCGUCUUCUCUGUGCCAUGCAUCCUUUUACAAACUGACAUCAUCAGAAGGCUGGAGUUUUCAACUCUCCCCCUUCCCUUGGCAGGUCUCCAAGGCUGCUGCAGACCUGAUGACUUACUGCGAUGCCCACGCCUGCGAGGACCCCCUCAUCACCCCUGUGCCCACCUCCGAAAACCCGUUCCGAGAGAAAAAGUUCUUCUGUGCCCUCCUCUGA